GCGGGAGCGGGCACGCACAGCUCAGCGCGGUGACACGCAGCCACCAGCCCCGCCAGCAUGGCCACCAGCCCCGCGGGGGACAGGGGUGCCCCGAGGGUGCCCUGCUCCUGAGACCCCAGCCCAGGAACUGCAGAUCUGGCUGGGAGAACAUGGCCACUUCAGUGAGGACCUUCCCCCUCGGCCUGUGGGCACCGACGCCGGCGCCCUGGCCGGGAGGAAACACCACCGGGGCGCCAGAGGAGAAGUGCGUCUUUGACGAGGAGUUCAAGUUCAUCCUGCUGCCCGUGUCCUACGGCAUCGUCUUCGUGGUGGGGCUGCCCCUCAACUCCUGGGCCCUGUGGAUGUUCACCUGCAGGAUGAGGCCCUGGAACGCCACCACCAUCUACAUGUUCAACCUGGCGGUCUCCGACACGCUCUACGUCCUCUCCCUCCCCACCCUGGUCUACUAUUACGCCGACCGCAACAACUGGCCCUUCGGGAAAGGGCUCUGCAAGUUCGUGCGCUUCCUCUUCUACGCCAACCUCUACAGCAGCAUCCUCCUCCUCACCUGCAUCAGCGUUCACCGCUACAUGGGCAUCUGCCACCCCAUCCGCUCCCUCAAGUGGGUGAAGACCAAGAAAGCCCGCAUCAUCUGCGUGGGCGCCUGGCUCGUUGUCACCAUCUGCCUCAUCCCCAACCUCAUCUUUGUCACCACCAGCUCCAAGGACAACAGCACCCUGUGCCAUGACACCACCAAGCCCGAGGAGUUUGACCAUUACGUGCACUACAGCUCUUCUGUCAUGGCCCUCCUCUUCGGGGUCCCCUUCCUGGUCAUCGUCCUGUGCUACUGCCUGAUGGCCAAGAGGCUUUGCAAGUCCAGCUUCUCCAGCCCCGUCUCCCGAAUGCCCUCCUACAAGAAGCGCUCCGUCAAGAUGAUCGUCAUCGUGCUCGCCGUCUUUGCCGUCUGCUUCGUGCCCUUCCACGUCACCCGGACCAUCUACUACACCUCCCGCUACUUCCAAGCCAACUGCCAGACCCUCAACAUCAUCAACUUCAGCUACAAGAUCACGAGGCCCCUGGCCAGCAUCAACAGCUGCCUCGACCCCAUCUUGUACUUCAUUGCCGGGGACAAGUACCGGGGGCGGCUGCGCCGGGGGCCGGCCCAUCGGCUCCGGCCCGUGCCCACCUACGACCUGGCCCUGGUGUCCCCCUCUACAGACAAUGUCACGGGAGGCAGCCACACUGCCAGUGACACCCGAGGGACAGGGACGGCACGGAGCAGAGGUGGCUGCUGAGGGGCCCACAGAGGGGUUACAGGAACCUCACCCCUGGUCUCCAUCAGUGCACCCCCUUGUCGCGGCACCCCCAAACCUGUCCCUGGCAGGGCAGGCACCGUGGGGCUGAGGAUGGGUGGCUGUGGGUCUUGUUCCAGCCCUGCCGUGGGAGAAGGGUGUCAGUAGUGCCGGGGCAGGACAGCCACCUUCCCAUGGGAGUGGGAAGGACACUGAGAAAGCCGCCCUGGGAUAGCAGGCUGGCCCGCAGCACACGUCCCAUCCCGGGGUGCUCCCUGGGGACACCUGGGGGCUGGCAGGUCACUACAGAGGAGGGACACUCCCCAGGCACUGCCCUCUCAGCAGCCACCUGAGGGGACUGGACUGAACCCAGGCACAGAGGUGACACCAGGCCCCGUGUGUGCCUGGCAGAAGCCCUCAGAGAUGUCCCCAUCACACUGCUGGCCUUGGGAGAGGUGGGGAGGGACUCAGCACGGGGCACCCGCUGCCCAUCACCCCCCCCAAUAAAGCCCCUUCCCCUUUCUGUACAAA